GUGAAUUUCGUUUCGCGUAAAACAAAGGAUGUUGCUUAUCAGACGUGUCCACAUGUUUUUCGCCUAAAAGUAACAACCUGAUACGGUGCUUCUUUUACAUAAGGUACGCACUACUGCAUUUUCGCUCCUUAAAUCUCAGUGCUUGUAGCUACGGACAACGAGAAUGGCCCCUACCAAGUCUCGGGAACCUCAGCCCCCCAAAGUCCCAUCCAAACUGACAACUUCCAAGCCUCCUCACCGUGAUCCGAUUCAAUUGGGAACUCAGCCUAAAGCUGAGCCCAAGCCACCCAAUGCCACUGAGUCUGCGACAAAGCCACAGCAGGUUUACACUAAGAAGCACACACAUCGCUCUAGCAAACCUAUCAUCAACUGGUUUCAGCGCAAGCUAUCAGGUACUGUGAAGCCGAGCAGGAUUGUAGAUAACGCGUUUGUACCGGGCAACUCACAGAACGCCCCAAACGGCAAGAAUGGUACAAACGCGUCCCAUUCCAGGUCGAAUAGCCGUUCGGUAUCCUCUCCGCUACCACAGCUCACACCAAGUUCAUCGCAAAGACAGGGAGUAACUGGGAAUAGCAGUCGAAAUGGUUAUACCGCAUCUCAACGGAAGACUAUCUCUCUAAAUGGAGAGGGUGAUUUGGAUACCGGUUUCAUACAUUCAGAUGAUGAAGAUCUUGACGCGUCGACUCAUCGCUCGUCACUAGCUCGCGAUUCAUUUUGGUCUCCUGCUAGCGCUCUCGAAGCAGAUGAAGAUGCUUCUCUCCGCCCCCUCCGCCCAAGUUCACCCCCCUCUCCUUCACUAUCCCACUCCUCUUCUUCAUAUCUAUCCAAUCCUCGCACCUUCAGAAGUAUCGCCGCGAGCACCAAGCCAACAACAGUACUAAGCGUUGAUCUUGGUCCUGCUGGAGUAGGACACAUAGCACAAGUUCCCAUCACACCGGUAUCCCAAGUUAAUCCUCGUUUUCCGCCCCAUGGACGGACAUCAUCUACCGGAACAAACAGCGGGUUGAUAGGCAGUGGUGCAUCCGUUACCUUCUCUGCUCUCCCGCCUUCUCUUCAAUCAUCAUCUCGCCCGCCUUCUUCCCUGAAUUUCAGCUCAUCCACGCCAGUAUCAUUAGGCCCGUCAUCUCACAUGCCUGGGCUACAGGCCCCUCUGUAUACCGCAUAUCAUCCAAGGAACAAUCCUCGUCCCUCUUCUCCACCCAUGGAUAAUGCUUCUGUUUUGACCCUUGCUUCUUCAGCUUAUGCCAUGCCCGGGCAACGUUUAACAAUGGGAUUUACGGGUCCAACUGCACUGUCGGGACUGAUCGGAAGUGGAGACUCGAUCUCUCAUUUAGAGGGCAGCUUUACCGGAGAUGCAGAAGGCGACAUCAUGAGCCAGUUUGUACUUGGAGAUGAUGAUCGCCACGAUGCUGAUGUGGAACGCGACGUAGAUGCUAGCAUGCGUGCUCUUCGUCCACGGAGCUCACGGAGAGGAAGUUGGGAAAGCGAGAUUAGUGGAUGGAGCGCUAGGAUUCUAGGAACGGGUGGCCCCAUAAGCAUGGGCAGCAAGAGCUUGUGGACGUACAAUAGCGCCAAGACUGGCGGACCUCUGAGUGUGGACGAUGAAGAAGUCACCAGUGGUUUGGAAACCUCACAGGAAGAAAAGAGUUCGACGCACGGACCAGAUCAAGUUGACGUGUCUUCAGCUGAGACGCCUGCUGGAGGUGACGGAUACGACUCGGCUAAGGAGACGGUGGUCGAAGAAUCCUUCGAAUCUGCUGAUGAUGUUCCUGCUACCCUUGGCCGGGCUUCAGGACCCAUAGCAAUUCGCAAGCUUUCUCUAGCGGAAACCUAAGAAUACGUGGGAGGUGAUGUCGAUUUUAUUAUUGAUCAGUGAGAACUGCCAGGGUCAGAUACAAUCUGGCGUCACAGCAACUUUCCUUCUUGCUACUUUAUGUAUGUUCUUCGUUCCUGUUAUACAGUACAGUCACCACUCUCUUUGACGUUGUUCUAAUCAUCAUUGGCAUGUGUACUAUCACACUCAUGUACAUAGCUCUACAUCUCAUUCUAAGUUUAUCAUCUCAUCAAAUUUAUUGUUAGGCAUUUGUUCGCUCCUGGAUGGAAGUAAUCAUGCAGUCUCG